AUGAGGAACUUAGAACAUCAAGUGGCUCAAAUGUCCAAGUUACUAGAAGAAAGAUUAUCGGGGACUCUUCCAAGCAACACAGUGGCUAACCCGAAAGAAUCAUUGAAGGGCGUGUCCUUAAGAAGUUGGAAGAAACUACAAGAUCCUGUUGAGAAAGAACAUGAACCAUCAGUUGCUGAACCAGUGGUGAUCUCUGAUACAGACAAUGCCCCACAAAACAGAACCCCAGUCACAGAAUAUCAGCAGAAACUCCCUUUUUCCUCUAAGGCAAAAAAAGACCAACAGGAUGAGCAAUACAAAAAGUUCAUAGACAUGUUCAAGACUUUGCACAUUAAUGUUCCAUAUGUAGAAGCCCUAGCUCAGAUGCCUAGGUAUGCUAAGUUUCUAAAGGAAUUGCUCACUAACAAGAGAAAGUUGGAGGAUGUAUCUUCAGUAACACUGAGUGAAGAGUGCUCUGCUUUGCUUUGCAAUAAUCUUCCUAAGAAGGAGAAAGAUCCUGGGGGCUUUAUUGUUCCAUGCACGAUUGGGGGUUUGGUCGAUGAAAAGGAGACAUUCUUCAGAGAUGAACUCAUUGACCUUUUGGAGGAUAUUGUAUUUGAUGAAGAUGAACUGGGUUUGGCAACAUAA